GAAGAUAACGAUACGACGGAAUUUCUUGAACGAUGUUUCUCCAUACAACACAAAGGUGAGACCUUAGCUUGCAACGUUUAGUUACUAGGGCUUAAUAUUUCACUGAUUUCAAAUCCGUGCAGUGUUCGCCAAAUCCGGUCUACGCGGGUAGAACUCGCUGUUGUCAGUGACAAAACGGAGAAGGUGGUUAUUCGCAUCUCUGUUGGUGAAGAAGUAAAAAAUUUAACGUACUCUUUAAAUGCGUUCGCAGCUUCAUCAGGCAUAGAUGCCAGCCUAUUGUCAAUCUUUAUAUGGCUUGGUUCUUGUGAGACAGGUUUUGUUAGCACAGUUCGUUUCAAUACUCAGUUUCCAUAUAUUCUCUAUAUUACCUUUGUUUUCCAUGAUCUUUUGUCUGCAGCAGUUGGGCUUAUCGUUCACAUUGAACUUGGAGCUUCUAUUUACAAUAUUCUUUCUAACAAUGAGCUUCAUAAACACACUCCAACCGUUGGCGAGAGAACUGUAGAACUUGGAUAAGGGGAACGAAAAAAACGGUCAUUUGGCAUUUGGCGACGGUUUCCAUUUUUCUUUGGUCGAACAGGUCAAACAGGUAACUCCUUAAUACUCUCCUUGGCGGAAAAAAACAUUCUCAACUAAAGACUUGGAAGACAUGUGAAUCUUACUAGUAAAAAAUUAACGUCAAUGUAAAUGUAUAUGACUUAUAUCAGCUAGGGCAGAGAUGAAAAGUGGAUUGGAGAACCAGCGAUGGACCCCACAGCACAAAUCGCUGAGGUACUCCAUGAUGCAGAUCCUGAAAAUGCGAUUGGCUCAGUCUUCAUCUGUAAUAAACUGCCUAUGCUCAAAUGUAAAUGA